AUGACAAUCGAUUGCUAUAAACUUUUAGAAUUGGACAAGACGAAUGCCACGAUUAGCGCUAUUAAAAAAGCCUAUAGAAAACUCGCAUUGAAAUACCAUCCUGACAAGCAGCCCGUAGAUGCAACAGACGAACAAAAGGAGCAAGCCAACACCUCUUUCCAGCAAUUAGGCAUGGCGUAUGCUGUGCUCAGUGAUCCCAAACGUAAGGAGCGCUAUGAUCGAACUGGAAGCAUGGAUGAAAGCGAGUUUGAAGGCGAUAAGGAUUGGAAUGCCUACUUUAAAGAACUGUGGACAGGCGUUGUCAAUGCAGAAACCAUUGAGGCACAAAAGGCGAAAUAUCAAGGCUCUGGGGAGGAAAAGAAGGACGUACUCGCAGCUUAUGAGAUAUACAAAGGACAUAUGGGCAAUAUCCUGGACACAGUCGAGUGCAGCACAGCUGUGGAUGGGGAAAGAUUCAAAAAGAUGAUCCGCUCAGCUAUCAACGACAAGACUGUGCCACAUUAUGAGUUAUUUGACAAGACAACAACGCCAAGAGAGCAUCAAAAACGCCUGGAUGCCGAGAAAAAGGAAGAGGCGGCAUUCUUGAAACGACAGAAAAACGACAAGAAACAAAAGACGCCAGAGAAAAAGGACGACGGUGAGGAUGGCUCACUUUUAGCAUUGAUACAGAAUAGAGCCAAAGAGAGAAACGCAAAGAUGAAUUCUAUUAUUGAUUCAAUUGAGCAAAAGCAAAAGCAAAAGCAAAAGCGCGGCAAAAAGAGAAAAGAGCCUGAUAUGCCAUCAGAGGAAGAGUUCUUGAAGUUGCAAUCAAAAAUGUUCAAAAAGGACUAG